UUCUUCCUUCUUUCUUGUUAUCAGGAGUGUGACAAUGAUGGAUUCAAUAUGGUGUGUGUUUGCUCUGAUCAAAGGGGGGAUAUGGUUGCAAUAAAGGUGUGAGUACACAAUAAAUAAGGGUUUAUAAUUGCAUGGUGCUGUGGGUUGAAAGUUUGGGAACCUAAGUGAUGGUGGUGAUAAUGGUGGCUUCCAUUAUUGUGUAUGUAACUCUGUUGCAUUUAUGGUCUUGAGAUUUUGUGUUGGCCCUUCUUCUGCAAAUCACUAUUAUCCUCUGAUCUCUCUUUCUCUCUCUCUCUCUCUUGCUUUUAUCACUCCUCUGUAUAAUCAUAAAAAGGAGGGCAAAAAGUUUCUCUUAUUUAUUUCAAAUCCCCUCUUCUUCUUCUUCUGAAAAAGUGUUUUUUUCCUGGGAAUUCAUGGCUGCUUGAGUGAAGGUGAAGAGUGGAAAGAAGGAAGAACUGAAGAAGCAAUAAUGGGAAGAACACCAUGCUGUAACAAGGAGGGUUUAAGGAAAGGAGCAUGGACAGCUGAAGAAGACAAGAUUCUUGUUGCUUACAUCACCAAGAAUGGACAUGGUAACUGGAGAUCUCUCCCCAAACUUGCAGGUUUGCUCCGAUGUGGGAAGAGUUGCAGGCUUCGGUGGACAAACUAUCUUCGCCCUGGCAUUAAGCGCGGGCAAUUUAGUUCAGAGGAAGUGGAUGCCAUCAUUCAACUCCAUACUGUGCUUGGUAACAAGUGGUCUGUUAUAGCCUCCCAUUUGCCAGGAAGAACAGACAAUGAUAUAAAGAACUUCUGGAACUCGCAUUUAAGGAAGCAGAGAAGUGAUCCUAACCAUCAAAACCACCCGAUCCCUCAUCCCCAUGGCAACAUUGAUGAAAAGGUACAGUGGGAGAGUGUAUCCGUUGCCCCGUCCCUUCUCGAUCUGCCACCAGCAAGUAAAAUGGAUCGCGACCCCUUCCUGCGCCUGUGGAAUUCUGAAGUUGGAGAAGCGUUUUGCGGUUUCAAGAAACCGUUUGGAGUGCCAUGCCAAAGCCCGGUGUCUUCAUCAAGCAAAUUCGAGUCGAGUUCUGGGAUCACACUGCACUCUCAACCUGCUGCUUCAAAGCUUCUUAGCUCUGCUGACACAGUUGAGGAAGAAGAAGAAGAAGAUACUAAAUCCUAUGAACUGAUCGAUCCCUCGGAAACAACACUGAAGAUACUACUAGAUUUUCCUCCCGUUGUAAACGACAUGGGAUUCUUCCAAGGACCAGGAGACAACCUCUCCAUUUACCUCCAAAACUAACUGAGAAUCCGGCCUGGAACUUAAACUACACGUACUUUUUGCUACAAUCUAAUCUAAGUUAAGUAGCUUCCUGUUUUGGUCUUAUAGCUGAUAGGGCAAUGAUCAUAGCAACCUAGUAUAGAAUGAAACAUGCCACACAGAAUGAAAUUAAGGUAGAGUAAAAGGUAUGUUCUAUGUAUGCUAUGUGAAAUGCAACUGGAUUCAGAUUAUACAUGGAUAUGUUUACAGUUUGUCUA